CACCUGAAAUUCUCAAACGGGGAGCGGAAAAGAAAGGGGAACUGGGGAAGCCCGACCGCCGGCUGCAAAACACACGUCGACAGCCGACCGGGCGUUGAAUUGGUUCUCUGGUCUUUCGUUUUAUCUGAAGGGUGGUUCCGUCUUCUAUACAAAGCUCUCGUCGACGGCGGCCGUAAAACAGGUACAAUGCCAAAAAAUAGAGCAGCUUCUACUAAUAAGAAGCAGCAAAAGCGCGGUGUCGACUUCAAGAAAAUUAAAAGGAAGAUAGGGAGGAGGUUGCCUCCACCUAAGAAUACCACCAACACUGAAGUUAAAUCGAAAGCAAUUGUUCUUCCUGAGCAGAGCGUGGCAUCUGAUAAAGUGGGUUUGGCUGUCAGCAAGAAAGGUUUGACCUUGAAAGAGCUCCUUCAACAAACAUCCCAUCACAAUGCCAGAGUUCGUAAAGAUGCAUUAAUGGGAAUGAGAGAUUUGUUCCUUAAGUACCCGGAGGAACUGAGGUCACACAGGUAUGCUGUGAUAGAAAAGUUGCGUGAACGCAUCAGUGAUGAUGAUAAAAUGGUCCGAGAAAACCUCUAUCUUCUACUCAAGUCAGUUGUAUUGCCUGCUUGCAAGGAGGAUAAUCAGGGACCCAUCAUAUCUAUGAUGAUGGUUUACAUUUUCAAUGCAAUGGCACAUUUGGCGAUUGAUGUCCGACUGAUGUCUUUCAAGUUCUUAGAUCUCAUUGUGCAGUAUUAUCCAGCCUCUUUUUUUAUGCAUGCUGAAAAGAUCCUACAAAACUAUGAAUAUAUUCUGAAGAGCAACCAGUUCUAUGUGCAAGACAAAAGCAAGCUCAGGAAUGUUCUUGCUGGGUUAGUAUGCUGCUUGUCACUGUUGCCAUCUGAUAAAAAAGAAGUUGAUACAUCUGAACAGGAUGCUCUUCGCGAAGAAGUACUCCAUGCCUUUGAACCAGAUAAACCUACUGAAUCUGUUGAGUUCUCUAUCAUCAACAGAAUGCUAAAGGAACUUUUACCAGUAUUGCUCAAUUGCUUUCAAGACUUUACUCCAUCAAUUCAAGGCACAUCCCAGCUAGAUGCACAAUCAUUUGACUGCAUGCAUAGCAUCCUUCAGAGCAUAGGUCUUGCUGUCAGGUUCUUUAUUUAUGGGAUUCGCAAGGAUAAACUGGAAUCACAGCGCUUUGAUGGAAGGCAUGAAAUGUCUGUGUGGGAUAAUAGUAUCUCGUCAAUACUAUUGAAGCAGUUACUACGUUUGUUUCCACUCAAAUCAAUACGCGACCUCUCAGAGAAGGAUGGUGAUAGGUAUUUCAUCUUGAACACUUUGAUUACAGAGAUAUACCUCUGCACAAGCGAGUGGAUGACGCCUUCUGCUGACUUAUCCUUCAAGUUUCUUGCAUUUGUGGAAUAUGUCCUGAAGGUUAGAUCAUAGAUUCAUAUCCUGUAAUUAUACCCCCCCCCCCCCCCCCCCUCCCCUGAUAAAGCAACACACAUCUUGAUAUUUGAGAUCUCACUCGGUACUUUUUCCUUUCCAAUAAUACUGAAAUGCGUUGCUAUAAGAUUUAUUAAUAAGGCUAGCCAUGAUGUCUGGUCGGGAGAGAAAGAACUCCUACAGGUUC